AUGCAUGCAUCAUUCAUGCGUGGGAAAGAGGAAAUGGCUCCGGGCCUCAGGACUUUGGGCCCUGCCCUACCUAACUCCACCUCUGACUUCCCCCUGGGAACUGGGAACCAGCUCCCCUUCCCGUACCCUCCAGUCCAUUCCCUGGGCCCAGGAGUCAAUGAUGCCCAUUUUACGGAAGAGGAAACAGAGGCUCUCAGAAGAGAGUGCCCAGUGUUACACAGAGAACGACUGCCGCGUUGGCAUCUGAGGCCUAUUGGGCUGGAGGGCUCCCCGCUCUUUCACCGAUGCUCCCGGGGCAGCUGGGAGGUGCCAGCGGUGUGUCUGCUUGUCUCACAUCCGUUGCCCUGGCCAGGAGGUGGCAGUGGUGGAGCUCCCUUCACUGGCAGCUGCCUCCUCAGCCCCCAGUCCCCUGUCCGCUCUGGGCACUGGCCACCGAGACACCCUACCUCCCCGAAGACUGUGAGGAAGGAAAGGGACACAGCUGGAGUCCCUCCCACACGCCCCAGAGGCCACAGGUCAGAAGGAGAUGACGGGCCAUCACCGGAGGUUUCAGAGCAGGGGAAGACGACGAGAAGAGCUGUGGUUGCAAAAGACUCUGCUGGCGCCCGGGGCAUGGGCGGGCAGCCUCGGCAUGGCCACUGGCACCUGGGAGUCAGCUGGUCUGGGCAGCGCAGCGACAGGCUGCAUGCAGAAGAGAGAGAGGGAGGCGGCAGACAGGGCAGGGCAGUCCUUGGGACCGAGAUGUGCCAGGGCCGGCGCCCACUGCCUUCCAUCUGGCUUCUCCUGGACUAUCUCAUCAACACCAUGAGGGCAGGAUGUUGCCUUUUUGACCUUUGGGGGCCUGCGUUGAGAGAGGGGCACCAUUCACCCACAGUGACAUACCUGCGAGGAGCAACGUGCAGCAGGAAAAGGGAGAAUGACCCCAAUCUCCAAAGCAGUUGGGAGCAUUAA